AUGUCCAUUUCCACCGGGACUGUCGCCUCUUCCGGUAUUAACACCGCCAACACUGCGACAUUGCCACACAAGAGUCGUCGGCCCGUGCAGAUUGAUUUUGAGAGCGACACAGAGCCUGAUCCACCUCUCAAGUCACCACCCCCCAAAGCAAUCCUCAAAAAUCAACAAGCUAAAUCCUCAGAAGAUUGGGUACCACGGAAAUCACUGCUUCCUGCCAACUCCAAUCUCCUGGAGACACCCCGCAAGAAGCGCAAAUAUACAAAACGCGCCCAACAUGCAACCCAAGACAAAGAAUCCGAUGUUUUAGAAGACAUGGUUGUAGAGCAUUAG